GCCAUCACCAUGGGAGACCUGGACAUAGCCACGGACAUAGCCACGAGGCUCCAGGACACAGCCAUGAGCACUGGCACGAUGAUCAUGGUGUUGGCCACACCCACGAGCACAACGCUCCGGAAGGUGAAGCCCGAUGCGAACAAUGCCAGUGCGGGUCCUCUUCCUGUGAUGGCUGGACAGACCCCUGCGACCACCACCAGGAGGUGCGAGAGCUCUCCAACAGUUGUGCAGAUGAGGCUU